AGGGAGCACACAACUUCCAUGCGGUUUGACAUAACUCUGGCCGCUCCCUCUCUCAUCCCCGGUCUGUCAUCGUAGGACAUCUUUCUUCCUUCCCUUUUCCUUGCCCCGCGAGCAGGAGCGGCGCUGAUUGGCUGCGGCUGGCGCAAGAGAGGCGGGGUUGCGUUCUGGGAAGGAACCCCCUCUUCUCACAACGUUCCAAUGGGCAGCGCGGUCGGAAAAUGAUAUCCAGCGUUCCAAUGGGGGAAGUGGAGUGUCCCGAUUGAUCCCGGAUACCGUCGGAGAUGGUUGCGCUGAAUUAAAGAGCCGCUGCUCCUGCUCCUGUUCAACGAGGCCACGCAGGAGAUCUUGCCUUACUGGGAGGUCCUUCAGGCGGUAGCUGCAGCAGCAGCAGUAGCCGCCGCCGCAUUGACCGAGCUGAGAGAGACAGAAGGAUCCGGCAGCAACGGUAGCUGCACCGCCACCCCUGCAUUUGCAGCGUGUUUGGGAGCUCUCGCCAUGAGCAAUUCUGUGGCGGCGGCAGCGGCGGCAGCAGCAGCAUUUGCUACCACUACAGCAGCACCGCCCCCUCUUCCAAACGGCUCCUGUCCUCUCCCCCUGGUAUUUGAAGCAGCCCCUAGUGCAAACCUUGUUUGACUUGCUCAUUAUUAUUGUCAUCAUUUUAAUUAAUUGUUUUACUUUUGUCUCUGAACCUGACGCCCCGCCUCCUCCGGAGACCAAAAUACAGGCUGUUUACUCAGUGGGUGCAUAUUUUAAUUUUGCGGAAUGAACUGCAUAUAUUUUAAAUUUUAAUAGUUUUUUUAAGCGUUUUGAGAAGGACGUUUCAUUUGUGUGCAUUCAUUUUUCCAGCUGAUUUGUUUUGUAAAGGAUCUCGCUUUGGAAGGGAUCUGAAAAAAAAAAAUCAUGGGACUACCUGCCUUGGAAUUUAGUGAUUGCUGUUUGGACAGCCCUCAGUUCCGAGAGCGGCUGAAGUCUCACGAAGCUGAGCUGGACAAGACCAACAAGUUCAUCAAGGAGCUCAUAAAAGAUGGAAAGUCGCUCAUUGCAGCCCUUAAGAAUCUGUCUUCAGCAAAACGGAAGUUUGCAGAUUCUUUGAAUGAUUUCAAAUUUCGAUGUAUUGGAGAUGCAGAAACAGAUGAUGAAAUAUGCAUAGCAAAAUCCCUGCAAGAGUUUGCUGCUGUUCUUAGAAAUCUAGAAGAUGAGCGCAUGCGCAUGAUUGAGAAUGCUGGUGAGGUCUUAAUCACCCCUCUAGAGAAAUUUCGUAAGGAGCAAAUUGGUGCUGCUAAGGAAGCCAAGAAAAAGUAUGACAAGGAGACGGAAAAAUAUUGUGGUGUGUUAGAAAAGCACUUAAACCUGUCUUCCAAGAAGAAAGAAUCCCAACUUCAAGAGGCAGACAACCAGGUGGAUCUGGUUCAGCAGCACUUCUAUGAAGUCUCCCUCGAGUAUGUGUUCAAAGUACAAGAAGUUCAGGAGAGGAAGAUGUUUGAAUUUGUGGAACCACUGCUGGCAUUUCUGCAAGGGCUAUUCACAUUCUACCAUCAUGGCUAUGAGCUUGCAAAGGAUUUCAGUGAUUUCAAGACGGAGCUGACAAUUAGCAUACAAAAUACGAGAAGCCGCUUUGAAGGCACAAGAUCGGAGGUUGAGUCCUUGAUGAGGAAGAUGAAGGAAAAUCCCCAUGAGCACAAAAACAUCAGCCCUUACACAAUGGAGGGCUAUCUCUACGUCCAGGAAAAGCGUCAUUUUGGAACAUCCUGGGUGAAGCAUUAUUGCAUGUAUCAGAGUGAAUCUAAACGAAUAACUAUGGUGCCUUUUGACCAGAAGUCUGGUGGAAAGGGGGGAGAAGAUGAAGCCAUUAUUCUCAAAUCCUGCACACGUCGAAAAACUGAUUCCAUAGAGAAAAGAUUUUGCUUUGAUGUAGAAGCGGUGGAUCGGCCUGGAGUGAUCACAAUGCAGGCACUUUCUGAAGAAGACCGAAGGCUGUGGAUGGAGGCAAUGGAUGGCCGGGAACCGGUCUAUAACUCGAACAAAGACAACCAAAGUGAAGGAACCGCCCAGCUGGAUAAUAUGGGGUUCAACAUUGUCAAGAAAUGCAUCCAUGCUGUUGCAACAAGAGGGAUCAAUGAACAAGGACUCUAUAGAAUAGUUGGUGUCAACUCAAGAGUACAAAAACUAUUGAGUAUCUUAAUGGAUCCCAAAACUGCUGAAACAGAAGAUGAAAUCUGUGCAGAAUGGGAAAUUAAAACAAUCACCAGUGCACUGAAAACAUACUUGAGAAUGCUCCCUGGACCGCUGAUGAUGUAUCAAUUUCAAAGAAGCUUCAUCAAAGCAGCAAAACUGGAGAAUCAAGAAUCUAGAAUCUCUGAGAUCCACAGCUUAGUACACAGGCUCCCUGAAAAAAACAGGCAGAUGCUCCAUUUGCUCAUGAAUCACUUGGCAAAUGUUGCUAAGAACCACAAACAGAAUCUAAUGACUGUUGCAAAUCUGGGGGUUGUUUUUGGACCAACAUUAAUGCGACCACAAGAAGAAACGGUUGCUGCAAUUAUGGACAUCAAAUUCCAAAAUAUUGUGGUUGAGAUUUUAAUAGAAAACCAUGACAAGAUAUUCAACACAGUUCCAGAUAUGCCACAAUCAAAUUCUCAGCUACUUUUGUCUCGAAAGAGGAGUACAGAUUCCAAGCCACCAUCGUGCAGCGAGAGACCCUUAACUCUCUUCCAUACUGUGCAACCCAAUGAAAAGCAGGAGAACAGAAACAGUGUCAUCAACUCUAGCCUGGAAUCGGUCAUAUCAUCAAACAUCAACAGUUUCGUCCAUUCCAACAGCACUCCUCAAUCUAAUAUGAACUCAAGUGACCCUGACUUAGAAGUUAUUAAACCUAACAGGCCAAAUUCACUAGUCCCCCAUGCUCCAACUCAAGCCUCUGAAGAUGCACCUACUUCAAGCCCAACAUCUGUGGAAGGUGGCAGCGCUGACAAGUGGUGUUGAUCAACUACUUUUGAAGUGGCCUGGCUGGGAAUUGUUCUAUGUCCAUGAGAGUACUAUACCCAGAGAACUUGUAAAACAAACGUGUGCACGCACUCACACACAGGUGCAUUAGAGAGAGAGAGAGAGAAUAACACACUUUACAUUUGAAAAAGUUCAUAUUAGUUAGUUCUAUCCCCUUUCAUUUCAAAAGUAGAUGGAAGAGUUUACGUCUUAAUUAUGAAUAAGUGCUCUGCAUCAAGUGAGUUGAUUCCAUGUAUUGUUACAGGGGUGGGAGAUGCAAGGACAAUAAAAAAUUAUGCAAAUAGAUUAUUGUGGGUUGUAUUCCAUUGUUAGUCGUACUUGGAAAACACCCAUUGAAAUUAAUGGGCAUGACCUACUUGGGUCCAUUUAUUUCAGUGGGUAUGCUCUUAGUUGGAUACAACCCCCUUUGUCUGUGCUAGGGAUAGAAUGAUUUGUCAAUUUCGGUUUACUCAGUUUCUCAUUUUUCCAAUUUAAAUUUGGUUCUCCACAUUUCUGCAGCAGUUUGCGUGGGUUUGUUUAAAAUCCUCUUGGAAAUUCUUCAGCAUUUUAGUGAGAAUUUCUCCUAACAAACACAUUUUUUGUUUGCAGUUUUGACGAAUGUACACAUUUUUGCAAGCAGUUUUUCCCAAUAUAAUGCAUUUGUGUAUGCUCUUUUCAUUAAUAUAUUCAUUUUUAUGCACUUUGCCCUAAUAUAUGCAUGUUUGUAAACAUUACUUGGUUGGAGAACUGUAUUGCAUAAUUCAGAUAAGUGUGAAUUUUGAAGGACGGCUGUGUUUCAGUUCUCAUAUGGUUUUGGAAAGUGCAAGUUUGAUAAAUUUAGCUUUGAAUGCAAACAGAAUCAAAUUUCUUCCCCAUCCCUAGUAUGUGCAUUGAAUGCUCUGUUAAAUUAAUAAAAUGUUUGGGAGGGUCCCCAACUCAGAGGCAGAGCAUAUUCCUUUGCAUGCAGAAGAACCCAGAUUCAAUUGCUGGCAUCUCCAGUUAAGAGAAUCUUGAAGAGCAAGGCUAGGAAAGACAAUUGCUUAAGACACUGGAGAGCUACUGUCAGUUGGAGUAGACAGUAGUGGACUAAUGACAUAUGAGUAUUUGAUUACAAUAGAAGGGUCAGAUACAAAUCUGAUUAAAUAAAUAGGUAGACCAGGUGUGAAGCUUGGCAUAAGACACCUUUGUAUGUUCAUACAUGGCACAUUGAGCAAAGUUGCCUUUGAUAUCCCAUGGCACCCUUACUCCAUUCAUUCUCUUUUUCAUGAUACUGGUAUGUUUCCUAACAUUUGUCUGUCAAACAAUUCCAGAAGUUCCAAAUAGGGGUGUCAACAAGUUUUGCAACUGAGGGAGGAACUAUUUUUAAAUACGUCGUACUCCUUUUUGCAUAGAGAACUGUUAUUUCAGCUUUGUAUUCAAGCUUCCCAUUUCUGGGGAUCAGCAAUUUCAAAAUAAGAAAAAAGUAAACUCAAGGUGACAUGACAUCAAAAUGUUGUCUGGCGUCAGGUGUGUUCAUGAAAAGGUUAUGUGGAUGACAUUAAUUACAAGCCCAUAGGUAUGCAAAUUAGCUACAGUUCUCUGGAGUUGCUCUGUUGCAAAUUAUCUUGGAGUUAAAGUAGAAUACAUGUACAAUUAAAGCACAACAGAAGUCUAUUAUGCUUCUUCAAAGUAUAGAACAGUGAAAGGACCCCCUGGCCUGAGAUUUCAAGCAUCUCUGUCCCAUGCUUCCCUUUUCUGACAGCCUCCAACAGAAGGUACUCCAUAGUCUCUUUAGGCAGUUGUUACAGUGUUGACCUGGUCUUGUACUUAGAAAAUCUUCCUUAGUAACUUAACAAAGAUCCAUCUCGCUGUUGUUAAAUGCUGUUCUUCUUGUCUUUUUUCUUAGAGCCAAAAGGAUGAGAUCAAAGGACUAAGUGUGGGAGCAAUGGGAUGAAUGUUGCUGUAUGUUUCUGAUGGUGGUGUUGUGCUAGUGGAGAGCACACACACAUACUGCAACUCCACCACAAAUUGCUCCUGGGGGUUGGGGGAGCCUCUGGAAAAGUAUGGGAUAUGAUAUGAAGUGUUCCAGUGAUGGCCAAAAAACAGCAAAUGCCCCAGAAAGAGAUGCUUUCUGCUGGCAAGGCCACUCUUGGAUAUAACCCUUCGUCCUUUCUUUCAUGGGAUUUUUUUUUGCUGCAGUGUGUUUUUAUAUUGUAUUACAAUGAUAUUGUAAUAUUUUAUUCCUGUGAGCCCCCCCGAACACAUUUUAUUAGGCAAACUAUACUAAUAGAGUAAAUAGAAUAAUACUUCAGCAGGCAUAGGAGGGUAUCUCUGCAAAUAAAGUUACACCACUGCUUCAAGAAACCCUUUUUAGUGAGUUAUUAAUCCUCCCUUUUUUGCUUUCUUGGCUUCAGUCUGUGGAUAGAUUGAUACUCUCCAGUAAGUAAUCAACCAUGACACUUCGCAUUUUCCAUGUGCAAACUUAUUUUUUUCUCCUUUUUUCCCUGUCCUUUGUCUCAAAUGUAAACUUGUGUGUUUGAGAUGUAUGGGUAAUAAACCCUCGUCUCUAGGCAGAUGCAUGUUUAGAAGGCUAAAGCAGUGUAGCCUUUGAAAACCCUUUAUCUGUCAAUAUGGAUCUGUAAAUCAGCAUACUCGAUACAGAGGCUGCAUUUCACAAACAUUUAGGACAGCAUUUUGUACUUUUUAGCAGUUAUGUCCCUGGCAAGUUUCUUAUGUAGCUUCUUCUGGCUCAGAUUGAAUGCAUGCUUUCUACAGAAUGCUUUGCCAAUUUUUCAUUGUCUUAAUAGCUGUUGCUCUGGGAGAUGCACUUGCUGCUUUCAUUUCCUGGUUAAUGUCAGGCAGGCAUUUUGAGAAUGGGAGGGCACUUUUGUUUGGUUCAGAUGAAAAGCCACCCAAGGAAAAAACCCUUCCUGCCUCCGUAUUCUGUCUCUGAUAGGGAGGACAGGACUUUCAACAGCAAUAGUGACAGAAGGUAUCUAGAAAUCACCUGUGAGUCUAGACUUUUGUCUCAGGACCAAUGCAUCACUUAGUUUGUUACUUACUAUUUAUAUUUCACUCUUCUGUUAAAAUAAUGUUGCAAUAAUAACAUCAUUAAAUAUAGAAAAAUAAAAAAAAUAUCAGGAUGAAAAACAUCAAGAGAAUAGCAAACCUAAAACUUAAAAACAGCAGGUUACUGAUUAAAAACUAUUUUAAAAGCUGAUUUACUAGCCAUCAAAAGACAGAGUGCACUCUUUGGGCUUUAGAUCAUGGAUUGGCAACCUGAGGCCUUCUAGAUGUUGUGGGACUCCAACUGUCAUCAGGUUUCUCAUCCCUGAUCUAGGCUGAAAUAGUUUGUGCAGCCUGACUUGUUCCAUCCCCUCUCGGUUCCCAGGCUCUAUAUGAGAUGACUUCUGAGAUCAUAAUUUUGUCUUCGUUAAGCUUUCCUCUUUGGGGCAAAAAUUAACCAGGUCCUUUUUUCCUAAGGAGCUCAAACUUUUCCAAAUAACAAUAAGCUGCCUCUAGGGAGAAAAAACACACCACAGUCAUUCUCUGAGGAGAUGCAGCUUCCUCAUAACCUCUCUGGAACAUAUUGCUUUGGGAUCUCAGAUAUUUCAAAUGUCUGAAAUCUACAUAAUGGUUCAGGACAUAGGCAGCAAUAUUGUAGAUUCCUGUGACCUUCAGGCUGAGAUUGUAUGAGGAUUUGUGCUAUAUAUGCUAGUUGUGGUCACAGUGCCGAGCCAUGAUGGUUGUUUUAAAUUUUGCCAAUGGGUAGUUGUCCUUUAAGGCAAAUGAAGAAAGCAAGUAGAAUUUGCAUUCUCCUGGGGAUAAUUCUUUAGCUGUGUAAAUGGCUCUUGCUGACUGACACGUAAUGUAUUUUUCAACAUAGUUUCAGUAGGCGGAUGGAAGAUAAGGGGAAAAUAGAAAAAAUACAUUUUUCAGUAUAACUGGCUAAAAGCUUUCCCUUUUGGAUAAGUAUAACUGCUGGAUAAAUAUUCCUAAAUUUCCAGAAUUGGCUGCAUCUGGGAGAAAUUAGAAUUGUUAAGUCGCACUAGCUUGCAAAUUUAUCACCAGCUUUUGUGGUUGUUCACUUGUAUGGGAUGUUGAUUGCAGAUGCAAGUUUAAAAAUAGUAUUUAGGCUAAAAGAUCUGAAAGGUCAAAUAAGCAUGAAUCAAAAUUGUGUAUGACUGAAUAUAGGCAAAGAUGAGACCUUUUGGUAUCAAAUUCUCAGAUACUGCCUAAUUCCUCUUGAAUAUCUAGUUCUGCUGUACUAUUUUGCUACUAACGUAUACAGCUGUAGGUCACUUGUAUUACCAUCUGUACUUUCCAUAUUUCAUUUCCUAAUCUCACUGUUUACAGUCUCCACCACUGUAUGUAUAUAUACACAUCUGUAACUCAGGAUAACACUUCCUGCAUCUGAUGAAGUAGACUGUAGUUCACAAAAGCUUAUGCUUUAAUCAUUUUGUUAGUUUUUAAGGUGUCACAAGACAAUUUUGUUGUAUUUUGCUACAAGAGACUAACAUGGCUAUACCUCUGGAAAUCAUUCCUGAUUUGUUUGCUUAAGAACCAUAGCCGGUAAUGUACAUGAGUCUGUGGGAUAUUUUAGGCUGCUGACUCAUAGAAUUCCCUCUUCACAGUGCUUGCCGUUUGUGAGAGAUUAAUGUCCUAACUCAACAAAUCUAAUUUUAGCUGCCUUUUGUGUUUCCUACUUUUGGCAUUUUGUGUCAAAAGUAAUCUUUUCUAUCUUCCCACUGUGCCUCACAUAGGAAGUGUCUUCUACAAUAGCAGAUAGGGAAAAGAGACUGGACUCCAGAUGCUAUAUUCCUUUUUUUCUUUUUUUUAUAUACGGAUAAAGUAAAGCUGUUAAAGACCUUAUCUUGGAAGACCAUCUUACUCAGCCACAAGUGAUUGCCAGUGAAUGAAUGAAUGAAUGAAUGAAUGAAUACCAUUGUCCAAAUGAAAGCAAUGUGCCUUUGUUACUUCCAUGAUUGGGAGAAUAUUUA